CUCGACGCAGGGGUCGGGUCGGAGGGUCUGUGCACAGCGCCCCUCGCUUGGCCAUGGUGGUCUUGGAGCUUCUAAGGCUGAACCUCCUGCUGCAGGCAGCCGCCUUCGACCCAGGCCGAUAUCCCCAGCUGCACUUUGAGGCGCUGUCGGAAGUCCAUGUGGAGCAGCUUCAUGUAGAGCCUCCGGUUUGGCGUCUCCGUGGCUUCCUUAGCAAAGAGGACUGCCAACAGCUGAUUGAAGAAGGCCGUAGUGGCCUGCGACCCGAGAAGGUCUACACCAAGAGCCGAGUCCUCUUCGACGAAAAGAAGACUCAGCCCGUCGCCUUCGUCUCUCCCCUCUUAGCCUCAGGUGCUUACGUCUUUCACGAUGGGGAUCUGUUCUGGACCUGUGGCGCUUUUGUGGCGGGGCUCUUGAGCACGAUCCUCUUGCGGGAGUUGGUGCGUUGGUACGUUACGGAUGUUGCCUCGGCCAACGGCCGUGGUGGCGCGAGGUUUCGCGGCUUGAAGUGGCAACUGGGACCCUUGUUGCCCGGUGAGACUGAGACGGAAGGAGCCCGGGCUCGGCUGCUGGACCGUGCCCAGGCACUUUGUGCCGUGCCAGACAGGCAGUUCUUAGAGCCGCCCUUUCUCACUUGCUACAGGCAAGGCGAUGGCCAGAGCCUGCACGUUGACUCCAAGGAGCUGCCUAAUGACAAGUGGAGCCCCCAAGACAAGGCGAACUUUGAGGCCAGUGGUGGGCAGAGGAUGGUUCAGUGCUUGGUCUAUUUGAACGAUGUGGCGCCGGAACACGGUGGAGCCACAGCCUUUCAUCAUGAGGCCAUGGCCAGUCGUGCCCGGCAGGAGGACCUCUCGCAGAAUCGGUUUCUCAAAGCACUCCGUGCCAGCUACGAAGGUGGCAUUUAUCGACAGGCAGCUGAACGUGGCGAGAGGACUGUGAUCUUAGUGCCAUGUGCAGAGUGCUUGGAGGCCGAGCACUUUGGCCAGUCCUUUCUGGAGACCCAUCUACUGCAGGCAAGUGCGAUGCCAAACUGCUACAUGAACCUCCUGGGACAGGGCGUGGAGAUCAAGGAGAGUAGCGUCACCACGCAGCUAGGCUUCCAGGAGCAUCGCAUUUGCGAGGUCUUGCAGAAUGACUCCAUGUACGAUCUUAGCAAUACCUUUAAAGUCUUGGUGAUCGACAAGCCAUUGAUCGGCAGGUUCCGCCCGCUGGCCGCUGAGAAGAUCGGAGCAGAGAGCGGAUCCUUAGACGAUUUGUUGCUUCACUCGCCGGCGAUCCAGGGGGAGUUCUUUGACGAGGUGGAUCGCUUUCGGAAGACCUUCGUACAGGUGCCGGGCUGUGAGAACCGAACAGCUGAAAGGAUUCGUGAGAUCGUCACUGAUGCUGUGGACAAGCUUAGUAGGCAGCAUCAGCUCAACGCCACCCGGGCAGCGCAGCUGGAGUUCGCCGUGAGCCGACAAGCCUACACCGCGCUCCACUCCUUUGUCUUCCCACACUUGCAGAGUCUCCUGACCACCCAAGAGGAGAAGCUCCAAACAGCAGUGAAGUUCUACGGCUCCGUGGAAGAGCUUCUGAAGGUCGUGCCUGGAGGUGAUCGAUUAAUCCUUGUGGACGUCUCGGCGCCAGCAGAACAGCUUGAGCUCCUGGACGGGAAGAUUGCGCCCCACGAGAAGAUCGAGUGUGUGGACCAGGCACAUCGCUUACUACAGAAGAGUAUCGGCUCUGAGCGAACCUUGAAUGCUGCGCCUUUGGAGAUCACUGGUGAUGAUGUCUUGUCCCUCUUCAUCUUGGUCGUCUUCCGGAGUCAGGUCAAGAACUUCUUGGCACAUGUUUGCCACAUGGAGAUGUAUCUCCAGGGACCUAGCAGGUCGGGUGGCGGUGCCCGCUUUGAGGAGGCCGGCUACGCGGUCUCUGCGCUGCAGGC